UGGCCGACGUGAAAAUGAAAACGACUGUAUAUAUUUCUUUCACAAUGAUUGAAAAAUAGAACAGAAACGGAAUGGAAACGGUAGAAUCCUUGCCGUCAUUUCUAAGGACACGAUUGAUACGGACGUUUACGUUAUUCUUGACAUGGAUAUGUAUGGGAAUGUUCCUCGAGAUUAUAGGACCCACGCUCCAGGAUCUCAAAGACCGGACCAAUUCGGAGUACGAGAGUCUAUCUCAGGCAGUGUCUGGACGGAGUAUCGGGGCCGUGAGUGGGUCCAUCAUAGGGGGUAUUCUGAUUGACAAACAGGGGCAGUAUUGCGACCUGAUCAUUGGCUUGUGUCUAAUGGCGGCGGCGGCAGCUACCAUAGCGGUCCCACUCUCUAACAAGGUGCUGCUAACGGGAGCUCUUAUCAUGGUGACAGGUUUGGCUGAGCUGAUUGUCAACGUAGCUGGCAAUACUACUAUCCUGUAUUUAUGGCGGGAAAAAGCCUCCCCUCCGAUGCACAUGCUUCACCUUGGGUUUGGGAUCGGAUGUCUUCUGGUGCCCCUUGUGGCCAAUCCGUUCCUUCCAUUGAUGACUUACCUACCAGACUGUGACGUAUCUACAAGUUCUAAUAUAUCCCUAACAAAUGUUACAGACACGAACUGCUCGAUAAACAGUAUAGAGUCCACCAUGGUCCUGGAGGAUUCUAUGAUCGAGUAUGCGUACGCCCUAGUAGCAAUACCGACGGUGGUGUUAGCGAUGGUGUUCAUGGUUUUUCAAUGUAUAUUUCCGCAAGUUCAUGACGUGCGUGGGACCAAAAUUAAGAAACGAGACUCGAAGGCUAUGCUGAAUCCGGGCAGCUGUACUGACGGCGAUUGGUGGUACGGUCUCCUCUUGUUCUCUCUCGUGUUCCUUUACUUCCUGUUUACAGUAGGAUUCGAAAGGUUUUACACCAAGUUCAUCCGCACCUUUGCAGUGGACGAACUAAAUUUCACCAAAGACGAAGGUAGUUACAUCAAUACUGGUUUCUGGGUAACAUUUUCACUGGGAAGAUUAAUCGGAUUUGCAACUGGAAAAUUUGUCUCAAUUAGAAUCAUGAUGGUUUGUGAAAUAAGUGGGGUAUGUCUUAGUGCACUUGGACUCAAUCUUGUCACCGUCUUCAACUUCGAACCGGAAGCGUCUUUUUGGAUCUUCUCGCUGUUGAUUGGUCUGUUCCUGGGACCCAUGUGGCCAACCGGGAUAUACUGGACAGAUUACCACGUCGAGUUGACCGGGAUGGGUAUUACCGUCAUCUGUCUAGCUGGCGGAUGUGGAGGAUUUUCGUGUGUAAGUAUUAUGGGAUACUUAUAUGAUGCAAUUGGUCACGUUUGCUUUGUGUACGAGGCAAUGGUGUGUGGACUUCUAGUGUUUGUAAUUGGACUGUGUCUCAACUUUGUCGGUAUUCGCCACGGGAGCAGGUUUGAUAAGGUAAAAGACGAGCAAAUUAUAACAGUUGAAGAUAUUGACAACAAAAUGUAACAAUUUAAUGAAAUGGAAGAAUCCAUUCCACCGCAAAGAACAAAUUUCAGUCGAUAUUAAAUUGUUAUACUGUUCAAUUGUUGUGUGAUGAAUUCUAAAUUACUUUUUUGAAAAGAGUUUAAGUUAAAUGCAUGUCAUACUUUUUUGAAAACGGAGAUUUAUCUUUGCCUUGUCCUACCUUGUCUAGAAUGAUGAGGGUAACACGAUUGAAACAAUAUAGCUAAUGCAGC